CUCCUUCCGCUUCCGCAGCUUCCCCCGCUCAUCCCCGGCCCCGCCGCUGCUACGAGUCUCCCUCCCCCUCCCCCUCCCCCCCCACCAGCGCCGCGAGCCGGCCAGAGCCGCGGCCGGAGACUUCUCCCGCCGCCGCCAUCCCCUCCCGCCCACGGGUGAGACCCUCCCCUCAGGGGGACCCCGGGGCGCGAGCAGGGCUGGGGGGGCGGAAGCUACUUUGAGGGAGGGGAGUGUGACAAGGGAGGUACCGAAUUCCCCCCCCCCCGUCAUCAUCCCUGGGGGAGGGGUAAUUAUCCUAAGGAGUGGGGGAAGGGCGGCAUUGGGGGGGGGAGAGAAACCCCAAGAGAAGGAGGUUGUGAUAGUGGGGGGGGCGGGUCAGUAUUGAACCAGGGCUUUCAUGGGAAGGGGAAUUAAAGUGGGACUUGAUGGAAACGGAGGCUGGGUGGAGUAAAUGGUUUAAAAGGGUGGGGUGCGGUAGAUGUUGGACCAGUUUGUGGGCAAGGGGUACUGCCUGAAUUAAGAAGAGGCCAGGUUAACGAUCAUACCCCCUUUUGUGGCGUGGGUGGGAAAGGCAGGUAUUGGGAGAAUAAGGCUAUUUCUAUCAGGAAAAGUGAGGCUGAUCAUUUGUCGGAGCAGGUGUCUCGCAAGAAGGGUGCGUUCUGAUAGUAAUUGGUAUAUCAGACGGAAGGGGAAAGAGAGGGUUUCAGGAUAAGACCAGGGUGGAAAGAAAAGCAGAGGUUAAUUAUCACGAUAACAAAUAUAGGGUAUCCAGUCUGAUGAGUUGUGAGUCAGGCUUCAGGGAGAAAGGGAGUAUAAUAAGAAUAGGGGAAAAGUUAAAGCAUACAAUAAAGGAUGGUUCCUAAACCCACCCACAGUAUCCCGGAAUUGGGAAGUGAGCCCCAAGUUAGCCCUGCUUGUCUUGUUUAAUUUGACCAUUUAGACAGGGAAAGCUAAAAUCCAUAAGGGAUGGAAGGGGAGGAAAACAGCGGUCCUCCCUCCUCACGAGUGUUUGCAGACUGGAGUUUGGCCUUUUGGACUCUGUGCUCAGUGAUCCUGCCAGUAGUGAUCACCUUGUGGUGCAGUUUCCAGCGAUCCCGGAGGCAGGUGCUGAGGCGAGACAUCUUCCGCAAGAGCAAGCACGACUGGAAUUACACAGAUCUCUUUGGCCAGCCCACCUAUUGCUGUGUGUGUGCCCAGCACAUUCUCCAGGGAGCUUUUUGCAACUGCUGUGGGCUGUGUGUCCACGAAGGGUGUCUCAAGAAGGCCGACCGGCAUUUCCUCUGCAAGGAGAUUAUGAUGAGGAGCAAUGGUGAAGCCCACACCUCUAUGGUACAUCGCUGGAUCCGAGGCAACGUCCCGCUGUGCAGCCAUUGUGUCGUAUGCAAGCAGCAGUGUGGCACCCAGCCCAAGCUUUGUGACUACAGGUGCGUUUGGUGUCAGCACACUGUACAUGAUGAAUGCAUGCAGAAUUCUUUAAAGAGCGAGAAGUGUCAUUUUGGAGAAUUCAGAAACUUAAUUAUUCCACCAUAUUACUUAUCCACCAUUAAUCAGAUGCGUAAGGAUAAAAGAAUUGAUUAUGGAAAGUUGGCAUCCUCCUACUGUAAACACUGGACUCCAAUAAUAAUCCUGGCUAAUACUCGUAGUGGAAACAACAUGGGCGAAACAUUGUUGGGAGAGUUUAAGAUUCUCUUAAACCCAGUUCAGGUUUUUGAUCUGAGCAAAAUUUCACCUGCCAAAGCACUCCAGCUUUGUACCUUGCUGCCUUAUAAUUCUGCUAGGGUACUUGUCUGUGGUGGGGAUGGCACAGUGGGCUGGGUCCUGGAUGCCAUUGAUGAAAUGAAAAUAAAGGGACAAGAACGGUAUAUUCCACAAGUUGCAAUCUUACCUCUCGGAACAGGUAAUGACCUGUCUAAUACGUUGGCGUGGGGUGCAGGUUAUGCUGGAGAAGUCCCAGUGGAACAAAUUUUACGAAAUGUAAUGGAGGCAGAUGGAAUUAAACUAGACAGAUGGAAGGUUCAGGUAACAAACAAAGGAUACUACAAUUUAAGGAAACUGAAGGUGUUCACAAUGAACAACUAUUUUUCCAUAGGACCUGAUGCUCUCAUGGCUCUCAAUUUUCAUGCGCAUCGUGAGAAGACUCCGUCUCUGUUUUCCAGCAGAAUUCUUAAUAAGGCUGUUUAUUUUUUCUAUGGAACCAAAGAUUGUUUAGUACAGGAAUGUAAAGAUCUUAACAAAAAGAUUGAGCUAGAGUUGGAUGGUGAGAGAAUCGAUCUGCCGAAUUUGGAAGGUAUCAUCGUCCUGAACAUUGGAUACUGGGGAGGUGGCUGUAGAUUAUGGGAAGGAAUGGGUGAUGAGCCUUAUUCCCUGGCAAGGUAUGAUGAUGGACUGCUGGAAGUUGUUGGAGUUUAUGGCUCUUUCCACUGUGCACAGAUUCAGGUGAAAUUAGCAAAUCCUGUUCGACUAGGACAGGCACACACUGUGAGGCUGAUUCUGAAGAAUUCAAAGAUGCCAAUGCAGGUGGAUGGAGAGCCAUGGGCACAGGGACCCUGCACUGUUACCAUAACUCAUAAGACACAUGCACUGAUGUUGUAUCACUCAGGUGAACAAACAGAUGAUGAUGCUUCCAGCAUGUCUGAGCAGGAACACACAAGGGAACAGACGGAUGAAGACGUAUAGGUUUUGAAGAAUUUUACAUAAUAUAUUAAUCAAGUCUCAUUAAAAAACUUAGAAUAUUUAAUAUAUAUUUAACUAUCUCAAUAACUAUACCUUUAUGCUGUAAGGUGUAGACUUGUGAGUGGCAUAGGGAUUAAAAAAAAAAAAGCCAUGCUUUGAAGUAUUAAUGGAAAAACGUCCAGACUAACUCUUAGCAAAACACUUAGGUGUAUACUAUCAAAAUGAAAAUCUCACCAUAACUUAAGCUGAUUUUUCUUAAACCUAAAUGUUGUUUUAGUAUGUCUUGAGAAUACAGUUUUCUCUUUUAAAUAAGCAGUAUGUCUUACUCAGUUCAACAAUAUAGAGUGAGGUGCACAUAAAAGAAAUAUUGAAAUGUGACUUUGGGUAACAUGACCAUCUUUUAAGACCUAUGUAAGAAAAUUGUUUCUUUUGGUGACAAUUGGCAACACUUU